CUGCGAAUGAGCAGCUUCUCUGUAAGUGAGAAGUGAGAGGAAUACGUGAUUAAAGGAAGAAAAGGCACGACCAUAAACAUUUGACGAGCAGCAGUGGGCGAAGAACAUCCUAUUCGAGGGGUCAUGGAUGAAACCGUGGAGGAUAAUGAUAAGAAGUUCCUUGAUUAUGGUGUUGCUGGCCAUAUUAAAAAAACCGUUUACGGACCCGCAGCAAGCCUUCCCCGACGCCUGAAGCGUUAUCGCGUGAUGAAUCGAUCUGAAUAUGCCAUCUACAACAAAAAAGUUAACGAUUCUGGGGGAUACAAUGUUGAUGGUUGUUCCGGCUCAUUACCUGGAAGGAUUUUCCCGGUUCUACCCACCUCUUGUGACUGGGAACCAGCUGAAUUGGCUGCUCAAUUUGCUGCUCUGAAACAAGCCGAGGAUGGGGGAAUACCUUUGGAGUACAAACAGCUUCUGAAAGUUAACAUUCAAGGAGUUUGUGGGACCAUGUAUUAUUUGACAUUCACAGCUUGUGAUACUAUUGAUGGUAGGGAAAAAAUAUUUAAUGCAAAAGUGUUGUUUUCCGCACAAGACAAACAUUUGCAUCUAAAGGAAUUCAAGGUUGACAAUGACCCCAAUAAAUCUGCUGAAAAGAUGCGCAACGAGGUUGUUGGCGUGCUAGAAAAAAUCUCUGCCUUUCGAAAGGAAAAUCCUCACUUGUUUCUUAGUCCCCCCCCACCAAGAUCACCGCCCCCCGAGAGAAAAUCGCUGGUCAUAUACAAAGAACCAAGAAAAGGGGAGCUCGCUGCCACUGCUUUCCGUAUCUUCUUGAAAGAAAUGAGGAGUCAAAACCCCACAUGGAAGUAUGCAAAGGUCAAGAAAGCUGCUUCAAGAAAGUGGAAGUCAUUAUUUAUCGGCCAUAAGGCCCCUUACAUGAGAAAGGCACAGAAUCAGAUUUUUAAAAAGUUGACAGCCUCAUUGGAUCCGGAUUGUAUUAUGCCACCAGGCCAUGAUGACGAUUCCAGCUAGAGAGCCUGUCAUAUGUAUCUUUUCCUUUAUGUGGUAUUUUUUUGACAACUAAUUUGCCCUGGAAAACAAGGGACUAUUUUUAAUUAUAUCCAUAUACAUUUAUAUUAUGUGGCAAUAAAAGGAAAUUAUUUAUCUUUAUAAAUAUAGAGUAUGAAUUAAUGGCAAAGAGUGUGAAUAAGUCACUUUUGUCCACUUUAUUUUCUCAUUCAUCGCCAUCUCUAUAAAAAAGUAAGACAUUUUCAAAAAGACAUUUUUGAAAAGUCGUUUUUAGCGAUAUGGGUUAUAUUGACCCCUCCUCCCCAAAACAAUUUUUUUAGAUUGCAGAUUUGUGGGAUUUGCUUGAAGCAACUCCAAGGAAUGGAGAUUUGUAAUGCUAUACUAUGCUCAUGAUUUU